AGUCAACAACUGCAGAUGACUUGACCAGCAGCCAACGGACUUGGUCUGAUAUCUCCGCCGAUUCCGCUGCUAACUAGAUCACCAGCAAUCUUCCUCCUGUGCUGGUGAGGAGGUUUGUGGCCUCCGUUCCUGCCGGACUGGUUAAACCCCCGGACUACACCCAGAUAGCUUCGUUUUAAGAGCUUUAGCUAGCCCAUGUUAUAUCUCAGCUUUGAUUAUUCACUGCUACAAAAAUAAGCUAGAGUAAUAUAUUGUUCAUCGAUAGUUCACUUUCACCCUGAUAUGAAGUUUCGCCGCAAUCACUCUUGGAAAAGCCCUUUCCUGCGCUGCCAGAGCUCUCCCAAUUGCCCCAAAACAGACCGGUGAUUCUCGCUCCAUCUUUUCAACACCAUGGCGUCCCCCGAUGGCCAAGGUCCUCAGGAUCAGCCACGGUCUACGCCAACCUCGUCGUCAUCGUCGUCAACGUCGUCAACGAGUAUUCCCAUUAUCCCAAUAAGGCAAGCUUCUCAGGCGUCACCAGCUACCCCGCGGGGAGGCGCUAGGCCGGUGGAACCGCAGUCCAGGACAACCUAUGGGACAAUCGACUCGCAAGAUACUAGUGGUCUCGAAUCUCGUCCUGAAGAGACCCCUCUAACGACAUACGAGCCUAUCCGAGCUCCUCCCACCGCGGCGCAAUCGUCGGAUCGAACACCCAAAAAGCCCCCAACCCUACGCAGAACCUCUACCAAACCAUAUAGAGGCCAGGAAUUUUCGGUAGAUGAUGACCCAAGGGAAUAUGAGGAAGACAAUGCCCUUUAUAGACACGCCUCCGGGAGGUCGACUGCGUCACUACGUCGAAGGGGUCCUCAUAUACAGCAAUCUGUUCUCCAGCGUGUUGAUUCGAGGGAUGAAGGUUCCGAUGAUAUAUCACCGGCUGAAUCCAGUGGACGCCUAGGUGGUCGGGGAGAACACUCUGCGCUCAACAUGAGCGUUGACGGUGAUGACGAUUCUCGUAGCGAUGUGAGUGAUGCGGAAAGCUUCACGCUCAAGGACCGUCAACAAGCCAUCAAUGAGACCCAUCCGUUUGGUAUAAGGAUUUGGAAACCUGCUCUUUACAAAAAGUUCCGGUCUGUUGAAAAGACUGCAGAGGGAGAUAUCCAUUCAGUGCCUGGAGAGCGAGUUAGCAAUUGGCUCUCCCUGACCAAUUUUCUAUGGUCCAUCAUUUUCGGUUGGUGGCUGGCACUGGCUAGCCUUCUUGGCGCCGCCGCCUGCUUCCUCUUUGGUUUUUCGCCUGAUGCUCGGGCUUAUGGGAAAGUGUUUUCCCACCUGUCUCUUUAUCUUCUCUACCCCUUUGGAUCCUUUGUCCGACUCGAAUCCGAUGAGAACUACGCAGACGAAGAUGAAGGUGAAGGUCGGAGUAUCAGCGAGUAUGAGCAAUGGCAGAGCGGUGACCUUGAACAUGGAAGACUUUUCUUUGGCCCCGUUCCUGGCAGAUCUUUGGUAGGACGCCGCAGAAACAGCCUUGACUCAGCUAGUGAACAUGAUAGCCUCCUGGGAAGGACAGGGAGAGGAUCCCAGGAUGAAAGUUCUUCAAGGAACAAAAGGCGCUUUUUCGGUCGCGGAGAGUGGACUGUUGGAAGAGUCAUAUUUUAUACUUGGUUCUACUUCGUGGUCGGUCCGUUGAUGCUUCUUGUGUCCCUUGUCUGCUGGAUGAUGGUUUUCUGGAUCCCUAUGGGCAGAGUCACUCUCAUUUUAUUCUACCAUCUUCGACGCCACCCUCUAGCACUCUCAUUCCAUUCAGAUUCAACCUACACUCGGUCUCCAUCUCGACCCUCUUCUUCGAUAUUACUUUGUACCUACCGCGCCGCCGGCUAUAAGUAUUGGAAAUAUACCAUUGAUGGAACCAAUAUCUUCUUCAUUAACCUUCUUGCCAUCGUCCUGUUCACUAUUCUAGAUUAUUACGUUCUGCACAGGAUGCUGAACGUAAAAUCAGGGAUAACUCAUCCGGGCUUGAUAUUUUCGUUGGCCCUAGUCUCCAUCAUCCCUCUGGCAUAUUUCAUCGGGCAAGCUGUUGCAUCCAUUUCAGCUCAAUCAUCAAUGGGAUUAGGUGCUGCUGUGAAUGCCUUCUUUUCGACUGUGGUCGAGGUAUAUCUUUAUUGCAUUGCUCUGACAGAAGGCAAAGCCCAGCUCGUGGAAGGGAGUAUUAUUGGGAGUAUUUUCACGGGUAUCCUCUUUCUUCCUGGACUGUCAAUGUGUUUUGGUGCCAUUAGACGCAAAACCCAACGGUUCAAUGUUAAAUCUGCCGGAGUUACGUCGACAAUGCUACUAUUCGCUGUUAUCGCUGCAUUUGGCCCUACCCUUUUUUAUCAAGUUUAUGGGACUCAUGAAUUAAAGUGCAUGUCCUGUACCACUACUGGCUUGGGGGGAGAAAGGGACUGCCGCCGGUGCUACUUCUCAGAAAUACCUGAGAUCCAUGACAAAUUUUUCCUUCAGGCUGUGCAGCCGUACUCCUGGUUUGCUGCCGUUCUGCUUUUCUUGUCCUACGUAAUCGGGCUCUGGUUUACUUUGAGGACCCAUGCUGCUGUUAUCUGGGCUAGCGAGCCCGAGGAGAAAAAGGCUCUACACAUGGCAACGCACCCACAUACCCCACAUCUCGUGCCACAAGAAUCCAGUGGCUCCAUCGGAAAGUCCAAACAGCCUACGUCCGCUAACGGGCAACAGGAAGGUCAUGGAAGUACUCAUCAUCGAAGGGGAUCUGUUCGAGAUUCUCCGCUGUACACUCGCAUUCUGGGUCAGUCAUUGAAAUAUGUUGGCCUGGCACCGAGAUCGAACGAGGGUAAUUCGGAGCAACGUCCAAACCAAUCCGGAAACGAAAAUAUUACUCCUCGCUGUAUUCCUCCCAAGAACCAUGAUACCAUAGGUGCAACCAUGUCCCUACCUGGCCUAUCGGAAGAACAGAAUGAAAUCUUUGUCCGUAAGGUCGCGGAGGUAGCUGCCACUGCCGCUGCUGUGGCAGUCCAUGAUGUUUCAGCCCGACCAAGAAGACCACCAAUUGUCUCUCACACCUCUGAGCAUGCCCUGAACAAACCCGUUGGCGGAUCCGGCGUACUCGUCCCUGAAGAUGGGGAGGAAGCCGGGCUGUUUGCUGAAGCACACGUUUCUGUGGGUGGCCACGACGCGCCAAAUUGGAGCAAGUUGAAGAGCUCUGUCAUUCUUCUAGGCGCCACGUUGCUAUACGCGGUCAUCGCUGAGAUAUUGGUAAAUACAGUUGAUAGUGUGCUGGACAACUUUGAUAUCGAUGAGAAAUUUCUGGGUAUUACACUCUUUGCGCUGGUCCCGAAUACUACGGAGUUCUUGAAUGCCAUAUCAUUCGCCAUGAACGGAAACAUAGCUCUAUCGAUGGAGAUCGGUUCCGCAUAUGCCCUCCAAGUGUGCCUUCUGCAGAUACCCGCAGUGGUGUUAUUCAGCGCCAUAUACGCCCAAUUCAUAGACCCAAAGGAGCUCCUACAGCACUCUUUCAAUCUCAUAUUCCCGCAAUGGGACAUGAUCACCGUCAUCCUCUGCGUCUUCCUUCUAUCAUACAUGUACGGCGAGGGAAAGAGUAACUACUUCAAAGGUUCCAUCCUGGUCCUCACAUACCUGUUUGUGAUUGCCGGCUUCUAUCUCUCUGCCUUUAACGAUAUAAACGCCAUGCGCGUUGAUCCCGUUGAUAGCUUGGCAAUGGGGCAGAGUGCUGUGUUUCGGACGGUGGGCAGGGGGAAGGGAGGAAGGGCUUAUUAACGAUGCUAUCCUUCAAGAUUCGCCUCUGUCUUUCUCGAAAGGGGCUCUGAUGACUGGCUUUUACCGACUAGGAAUAUGGGGAGGUAGAAGAUUUUGGGUUAAUGACUGAAAUGGGUAGGUAAAGGUGUGAUUUAUUUUAUUAUUAUUAAUAUGCGGCGAUUGUGCCAUGUUAUGACAGUCAUGGAUCUUGCGAGUGAUACAGUUAUUGGGCAUCGUUUUGAUAGCUGAAAUAUUGUAUCUACGUCAUCUCCUGAUACCUUGGGGCCUGCUUGCUCUUUUUU